CCCACGAUUCCACUUACUCCGACCAGAAUGAAUAAGUGAUCUCGUUUGAAUCAUGAAUGUUUUUUGUAACCAGUAUUUUACUUUGUAAUGUGUCUAGGAUUCUCGUUUUAUCCUACUUUGAAAGUUUGACCGGAAGUAUGGUGUUUACGUAUUGCCGUUGGUGACAGCGCUGCAGGACAACAGAGGCGCUGGAAGGAAGUUAGCUGUCUAUGAGGCGGUGCACGCACGUCUGUUUUGACAGAGACAUGCCCUUGAACCCUCGUUAGUCCUGCUUUUGUGACCUGUAUUAUUACAAUAUUUAGCUUACCGUCCGCAAAGCACAAUAGGUAUGUAAAGCUCUCAUUCCUAGCUAGCCAAGCUAACCACUCACUGGAGGUUAAAGUACCGACGCUUAUCAGUAACAACGCCACCAUGGGGUUUCUACUGUCUAAAUCCAUGGAUGCAAACUUCAAAAAGCAGCAAGAAUUCAUGCUCCACAAUGGACGGCUGCAGAUGGAGCGCCAGAUCCUGAUGCAGAACCAGAUGAGAGAGAGACAGAUGGCCAUGCAGAUCGCCUGGUCCAGAGAGUUUGUCAAAUACUUUGGCACCUUCUUUACACUGGCCUCUGUGGGACUCACAGUCGGUGCCAUGAAAAGAAAGAAACCAUCCCUAUUGGCUCCCAUCGUGCCACUCGGCUUCAUAUUAGCCUUCCAGAUGGACAGCGCCUACGGAACACUUAUUUAUCGUAUGAGAGGAGAGGCUGAGAGUAUCAUGGAGUCUGAACAUGACCGUCUGGACCUGCCUCAGGGGACUCCGUCGUUCGAAAGCAUAGAAAAGGCUCGGCGCGCUAGAAGCAGCCUCAGCUCCUUCUUGGAGAAAUAAUGGGUUGGUUGAUUUGUUACAAAAUGAUAAUCGUCCGGUCGAUGCAUUCACCCGCCAUGCUUUUGCUUUAAACUGCCUUUUUGACACUAUCGAGUCUAUCGUUUGCACUAAUUAUCAUAUAUUGUGGACAUCGAGUCAAACAGUCUAAAUUUUGAUGAAUAUAUGAAUAAUGUUGUUUUUUGCUGUAAUUGCUAUUAAAAAGUCCAUCAGUGGCCAAACGCUUCAGCUCUGAACCACUGACUGAUGCAGAAUACAAAUCAAAAUACCUAAACCCAAAUUACCUUUGCCAAAUAAGUUCACACAAUACUGAUUAAGCCUACUACCACCAGACAAAUGCAUUUGUAUUUUUCAGUAAACUCAAGUUUUUGUAUCUGCGUGGCGUGCCAGUACCUGCAGCGACAGCAGAAGUUGCAGCAAACAGCAGAAAAGCGGAACUGAUGUCGUCACAAGCACGUUGACAGUAUUUGUGUAGUUACUCUCAGUGCCAGAAGGGGGAGACAGAAGCUCUGCGCAGCAGGUUUAAGUCAGUCAGAUGUUUUCGAUAUUUUAAUUUAACUUAAAAAUUUGCAUCAGUUACAUUCAGCCAUUGCAACAUAAUAAUCAGCUGUGUCUUUGUAUACUGCAUACUCAAUCUAUAUGGUACAUAUUUGUCAUAGAACACUGUUUUACAGUAUGCUUAAAUUGUUAAUUUGUAGUUUUUGGUAAAAUGUGCCACUUGCCCUACAGGAAAUAAUAAAUGAUAGAUGCUGGGUGUCAGUCAAACUGCAACUUUAGAAAGCUACUGCAAAUUAAAGUUCACAAAAGAUAAUCAAUUGUAUUUUAAAAUGUUGUUUUAUUUUUUUGAAAGAUUUGUUGGCGCAGUUUCACUACCAGCUGUGCACAGCUUCAUGUCCUGUGUAGGUUGAACACUCAAAAAAUGUUGUUUGCAUGCUGUCUGGUUUGAGUAUUGUUUAAAAUGUUUUACAGUCUGAACAAACAAUACACUAAAAUAGUAAUCAUGAUAUUAACAAUGUGUUCAUCAAAACAAAGAACAAAGAACUUCACAGAGUGAGAGAAAAAAAACAUUGACUAAAAUUUAUAAUCAAAGCAAUAAAUGAGAAAAUAAAGUAGCUUGGACAGUAUUUGUGGUAUUGAUGUAGGACAGGGUGUGUGUCUCAACUAGUUGAGUUAUACUUCACUUAAAGCUGCAUGAAGUGAUUUCUGAUCUCUAGGGGGCAACAAAAAAAACUUCUAAACACACUCACAGUAACAUAAGACUUGAGAAGUCUGAGCUUAUCGAGGCCGUAAGCUAAUGUGUUACCAAACACUUGCCUACUUGCAAAUCAGACACAAAACAACACAAACAAUCGACAUGUGUAUAUUUACUCGCCAUUUGACAUGAACAAACACAAUAUUCACCUGUUUCUCAGCUCUAGUUUGGUUUGGCAAUAGGCACAAUAGGUCAUUUCCGUUAAUUUUUCCACGGUCUAAUUUCAGUGUUAAGGAUCUUAACACCAAAGUUACAGUUAGCACUGAUGUACCCAUGACUUUUAUUUAUAUUGUCAGAGGCUGUCAAAUAUUACAAGGUGCUGAUAUUUAUGCAAAAUGUAUUUACCAUCAUUUUAACUCAUGUUUGACAUUAAGAAAAACUAUAUUUAUACAUCCAAUAAAAAAGAAACAUGGCAAAGA